UGCCAGUCCGAUUAUCCGUGGUCUGGUACGGACGAAAGCUGUUGUACUGUAUUUUGUUUCCGUUUUGUUGUUAGUAAACGCACCGCCAGUUAUUGGUUUUAUUUCGAUUGUUUUACCCAGUGCACCGCGUAUUCCUGCAACCCGGAUCGUGACCGUACCCAGUGUGUGCAUGCCAAACCUGUGAAGUGCCACAUUCGCGAUCGCUCCCCGCACAUCAUUCCCAUUCCCCAUCGGUAGGGUGCUCCAGAAUGUCCCGUUACAACCAAACGCAUGCAGGCUACGCUCAGACCUUUAAGCUGGUCGUUGUGGGUGGAGGCGGUGUUGGCAAAUCCGCUAUCACCAUCCAAUUCAUUCAGAGCUACUUUGUAACUGACUAUGAUCCUACGAUCGAAGAUUCCUACACCAAACAGUGCGUCAUCGAUGACACUCCUGCCAAACUCGAUAUUCUCGACACGGCCGGUCAGGAGGAGUUUAGUGCGAUGCGCGAACAGUACAUGCGUUCCGGGGAAGGCUUUCUGCUGGUGUUCGCCGUGACGGAUCACGCCAGCUUUGACGAGAUUUACAAAUUCCACAAGCAGAUACUGCGGGUGAAGGAUCGCGACGAGUUUCCAAUGCUGAUGGUGGGCAACAAAUCCGACCUCGAUCACCAGCGGGUAGUGUCGCUGGAAGAGGCCCAACAAUUGAGCCGGCAGCUGAAAAUUCCCUACAUCGAGUGCAGCGCAAAGUUACGCAUCAACGUCGACCAGGCGUUCCACGAGCUGGUGCGUGUGGUGCGAAAGUUUCAGCUUUCCGAGCGACCGCUCGUGGACGAGAAGGGCAAACGAAAGAACAGGAAAAAGUGCUGCAUCCUGUAAUGCUGGCGGCGGUGUACUUUCUUCCUGCUACUCGUCGCAUACUACUACCACCACUGCUUCCUCAUCACUAUACAAGCCGACUCACUACCCUUAGCGAACCCUGUUAGCAUUGCAGUUAAUGUAUGUUUCGUAUGUUUUAUUUGUUUUACUAAGCGAAUGGUUUUAUUUUGUAUGCACUACAAGUUCGAGUAUCGAUGUGGAAAUAGUGCCGGUUAACGAUAAGUCGUGCGAUUGUUGAACACUCGAAAAACGAAAUCCCACACUAAUCCAUGUGUUAGUAUCUAAGCUACUAAUAUCGUUAGAGUGCACAUUCACGGAUACAAUUUUGUAAGUGCCAAAGUGCCCACAGUUCUGCUAUAAGCAGAAGCAGCAUCACACGUUGAUUGUCUCUGUUACGUAAUGGCAGCAAGUGACGCUAAUCGAACUUACGCACUGAAACCGUGCAUUGACUGCCACCGUGUUGCCUAAUACUAUUUGCGUAUGUGUAUUUACACAUUUUAUUUAAAUUGUUAUACUUUUGCGUGCUGCCACAAUAAUCAAAAUGAUGAAAUAUCAAACAUUUUAUACUGACAGGGAAAAAAAGUUUGCUGCUAAAAAAACGCAAAAAGAUUCGCCAUCGGACGAUGUGCCAUAAACGAGCAAUAAUCAGGAGAUCAGAAGUAUAUAGACUAACGUUUAACGGUUUGCACAAAAUUAACAUAAGAAGGAUUUUAUUCCCACACGUUGUAGAGCCACAGUUCCUUCUUCUAAUCAAGCCCAGCUUUACACACGCAUCUGUCCAUUUUUGGUUGCUUAACGAGGACGUAGGACAUACGUAGGAGGCCGUAGCGUACGAGCGAGAUCGUUGUCGUUGUCGAACAAUUUGUUCCCCGCAACCAGACAAAGGCGUAAAGCUUCCGGUAGCAUCCACCCACUAUCAUCAGUUGGGAGUAGAACAGGCAGGAACCACAGUUUGAAGAGAUUUGGGAAAUGAAUCACCAAAGUCAGAUCAGCUCGACUGUCCCCGAUACAUACAUGUGUUUAAAACACAUUUACAAACCUACUGCACAAGAGCAAAGGAAUCCUGUCUGCAGCUUUAAACUUACGUGUUCAUGCGAUUUGACGAUAACAUGUCCAUUCAGCCGUUGAUAUUUGCAGGCAGCGAUGGUGUUAAAUGGUUCUGUUCCUAACUUUCUAUUUUUCUGUGAGUUCUUACUGGCUUGAUUUGUUCUUUUUAUGAGUAGAAAAUCAUGUACAUUUUGGAAAAAAAAAUGGAAACAUAUUCUGUUCACGAGCAGGAUCAGUGAGUGUAUUUUACAGCACUACACUAAUGCACUAAAUAUCAAAAACGCAGAGUGGCAAAUCAGCAUAUAUCAUCUACGAAUUUGCAGACGUGAACACGUCGCGUAUAUCUAUAUUUAAAAUAACGAAAGACUUAUUCGUAGCUAACUAAGUGUUGAACUUAGACGAACAAAUGUGGUCGUGAACGCGAGCUUCACACUGGUAGGCAGGCGAACCCCUUAUACAAGGUGGUACAAGUUUAAGUUUAGUACAAUAGUCUAACCAACAGUAAGCGCCGUAUAGAAAGUUAAAAUUGUGUGUAUGUGCAUAGUUCGUAUGUCCAGAUCGCAGUUGAAACAACUGGAAAGGUCAUGGAUGAUCGUUGUGAAGUAACGUAACAAUUGUGUUUAGCGUACAGCCAACACAGAAACAGUGUCUAUUAACCAAAAUAAUAACGAAACGUUAACGAUGAUUAGCUUUAUGUGUGCUUCAACAACAUGUUGCGACAAAUGAAAUCAGUUUUGCCAGGGGGAGAAACGCGACGGAGCAAAAACCAGUACGAGCAUACUUUUAUCCACAGCAGCACAAUCACGGGUAUUGAUUUCGUCGCGAGUUGUUUUAAAAAUAUUACUUUAAACUCUCACGCUUAGCUAGGGAAAGAAGAUAUCAAAACAUUGGUUCGGUGCUACAUUUCUUCGUCUGUAAAAGUCGAUAAAAGCGAACAAACAGCAUGGCAUGAAACUGAUUGCUAAAAUAAUCUUUUAUUUGAAAAAGAGUUUUUUUAACGAACAGGUUGUCAGGUUUACAUUUUAAUGUUUUUUUUAUAUCAUUUGUCGAAAUCCUUGUUAAUCAGAAAUAUAUUUACCGGAUUUUAAUCUACUAA